AGAUCAUGACCUGACCCGAAGGCAGACGCUUACCCAACUGAGCCACCCUGUGCCCCUUUUAAAAUAUUUCAUUUAUUUAGAGAGCAUGCACACAGGGUUGGGGGCGGACAGAGGAGGAGGGAGAGGGACAAGCAGACUUGUGCUGAGCACUGAGCCUGAUGUGAGCUCCAUCCCACGACCCUGAGAUCAUGACCCCAGCUAAAACCAAGAGUCAGAAGCUUGGCCGACUGAGCCACCCUGGUGCCCCCUGGGUACAUUUUUAUAAAGGUUGAUGUAGUAUACAGACACAGGCUAGGUGGGAUCAUACUUCAGAUAGAAAUCUGAAUCUUUUCUCUGUUAAUAUUGUGUCCCAUCAGCAUUUUUCCAUAUAGUUAAAAAUUAUUUUGUAAACAUUGUUAAUGGAUGUACCAUGAUUUAUUUAAUAAUUAUCCUCCCCCUGUAAUUAGACAUUUUUGUUCCAGCUUUUACUAUUGCAAAAUAUACUAAGCAUCUCUGAUGAUGCAUCUUUUUCCAUAACUGUUUGCUGCAUUACCUAGACACAGUUCUCUGAGUUGUACACACAAGAAAUGGCGAUCUCCUCUUGGUAUAAUGCUUUCUUGUUUCCAGAGUUCUUUCAUCUGUGUUAUUUCAUUUGAUGAGUAAGGGGAGUGAUGGUAUGAUUAAGGGCCAGGGUGAGGGUGAGGAGAGUGAGGAGAGCCAGUCCCAUAGGCAGUCAGAAAAGGAGGCGAGGGGCGCCUGUGUGGCUCAGUCGGUUAGGCGACUGCCUUCGGCUCAGGUCAUGAUCCUGGAGUCCCGGGAUCGAGUCCCGCAUCGGGCUCCCUGCUCGGCGGGGAGUCUGCUUCUCCCUCUGACCCUCCCCCCUUUCAUGUGCUCUCUCUCUCAGUCUCUCUCUCUCAAAUAAAUAAAUAAAUCUUUAAAAAAAAAAAAAAAGAAAAGGAGGCGACAGUGCGAUGAAGCCAUUAGGAGGGACUUCCUGGAGGCCUAAGCCCGAGCUCGGCCGGUGAAAGACAAGCAGGAUGUGCAGGGUGCCCCCCACAAGACAAGGCACACACACAAACCUGUAGAUUUGAGCAGCGAGUCAGUUGGGCAUGGAGAGAUCAGACUGACCACAGCCAAACCCUGUGUUUUUAGGGAAAUAGUGGUUAGACAGAUUAUGGACCACAGAGUUGAUAUUGGGCCCAUAAGCAGUGCAGAGCCAGCAGGUGUCUUUGAACUUGAGAUUAUCUUAAGGACAUGGUGUUUUAAGAUUAACUUGGGAUGGGAGGGGGCCAGGGAGAAGCUGGAAGUGGGUGAGGCCUGUGCUAAUAGAAUAGACAUGAGGUGAUUGCCUUGAACAUUUGAGGGGGCCCGUAGACAGCAGGGUCUCUGCACGUGUGGGGCUAGCCAACCUUGACGGGCGUGUGGUGGUGGCUGGAGGAGAGUCAGAAAUUUUGUUCCGGACGUCUCAUUUACCUAGCAGUUUGACCUGUGGAAUUGGCGAGACUGAGUUUUUGUGGGCAUGACAGGUUUUUAUUUUAAAAUUGAUCUGUAAGAUUUUAAUGAUUGAGGUGCACUUGAAUUUCCUAUCCUCCUUAAUGCUAAAUGCUGAGGCAGAAAUUGCUCUCCUGGGAAGCAGGCCUCAAGCUGGCGUGCCAGGCAGGUUGAGAUUCCUCCAGCCUUCACUCACUCAGAAUGCUCCUUCCUCCUUCCUCCUUCCUCAAGUGUGUCUCUAGGUCCCAGUGCCCACUCAGCCUCUCCACCUGGGGGAAAAAAUUAAGCAAGGCUCCCAGAUGCCUGUAGCUUAGGUUAUUGUCAGCCCAUGCUGGGGAGGUGGGGUGAGAGUUCUAUCCGAAGGGCACAGUUUAUGUGUCAGUACCCACAUCCACCGUCUGCCCCUACCCUGUUCCCUCUGGAACUCUGCCUCUGAAUUCUACCCCUCUUGCUAAGAACUUAACCCCUGCAUGACCUAAGCUUUGCCCACGAGCAACUUUGAACUGUUUGGGACUCUUCCUAGACUCACCUCUGUGCCUUAACUUUUGCCAUUCCCUCCACCUAGAAUACCUUCUCCUUUUUCUUGGGCUGUUUUUGCUCACCCCUUGAGACUUAGCCCAAGAAGCCUUUCCUGAUACCCACCAGGCUGAGCUAGGUGUCCCUCCAAGUGUUCCCAUUGUGUCUGCUGUGUUUCUGUGUCUGUUGCUGUGUGACCAUACUGGAUUGUAAUUUUCUGACUACUUGUCUCUUUCCCUUAGUAGACUAUGAGCUCCUCAAGGGGCUGGGUCUUCUUCCUCAGGGUACACCCAACACUCAGCACAGAGCCCAACUCCCAGCAGACCCAACCCAUGUUCAAAGAUUUCUGUAUUAUAAGACCCUGCAGUUCUGUUUGAUGAGACACUCCAAAGCAGAGACCUCACUCAUCCAUAAAGCCCCAGCUUGCCACCAGCCUUUAUUUUGAGGUGCUUUAUUGGGUGCAUAUAAGUUAUAUUCUUUCAUCUUAAAUGUUUUGUCUGAUAUGAAUAUUACACAUCUUUGGUUAGUAUGGGUCUGGCAUAUCUCUUUUCAUCCUUUAUUUUCAGUCUUUCUAUAUAAUUUUAUUUUGUCUCUUUUAGUAAGCAUCUACCUGGAUCUUUUAAAAUCCUAUCUGUCUAUCUUUUAACGGGUGGGCUUAAUCUAUUUGUGAUUAAUGCUGCAUUAAUACUUCGACUUACUUAUGCCACCUUCAUUUCUGUUUUCAUUUUAUACUUAGUGUCCUUUUCCUUUGCUACUUUUUUCCUUUUUUCCUUGCCUUUUGUUAGAGUGAUCAAGUUUUCUGUUUUUCUUUUUUUGCCCUUCUGGUUUUGAAACUCUGAAUUGUAUUUCUAUUCUUUUUUUUAAAACAUUUUAUUUAUUUUAUUUGAGAGAGAUAGCGUGCGAGUUCAUGAGUGAGCAGGGGGAGGGGCAGAGGGAGAGGAAAAGAAUCUCAAGCAGACUCUGCGCCAAGCACAGAGGCCCGGAAGCGGGGCUCGAUCCCACAACCCCUGAGAUCAUGACCUGAGCCAACACCAAGAGUUGGACACUCAUCCAGCCAAGCCACCCAGGCACCCCUGCAUUUCUAUUCUUAUGGGUGAGCGUGAGCCUGGGAGAUGGCAGUGAUGGAAAUGGCCUGCCCGGGCGCCCCUGGUUCGGCAGCCGGGCAGCAGAAGGAGCUCGCCAAAGCCAAGGAGAAGACACAGGCAAUGGGGAAGAAGCAAGGCCCCGUCAACAAGCUCGAGGCUGUGGAGAAGAGCCCCGUGUUCUGCGGGAAGUGGGACAUCCUGAACGACGUGAUCACCAAAGGCACUGCCAAGGAAGGCUCCGAGGGAGGACUGGCCGCCAUCUCCAUCAUUGCCCAGGCCGAAUGUGAGAACAGCCAAGAGUUCAGCCCCACCUUUUCAGAGCGGAUCUUCAUUGCUGGGUCCAAACACUACAGCCAGUCCGAGAGCCUUGAUCAGAUCCCCAACAAUGUGGCCCACGCAACGGAGGGCAAAAUGGCCCGUGUGUGUUGGAAAGGGAAGCGCCGCAGCAAAGCCCAGAAGAAGCGCAAGAAGAAGAGCUCGAAGUCCCUGACGCAGGCCGGAGUGGCCUUGGCCAAACCCCUCCCCAGGACCCCAGAGCAGGAGAGCUGCACAGUCCCCGUGCAGGAAGAUGAAUCUCCACUAGGCCCCGCGUAUGUUAGAAAUGCCCUCCAGUUCACCAAGCCUCCAAAGGAGCCAGGCCUUGGCCGACUGUGUUUUAAGAAACUCGAGGAGGACCUGCGGCCGGCCCUGCCUCGCUCAGAACUCCACAAACUGAUCAGCCCUUUGCAAUGUCUAAAUCAUGUGUGGAAACUCCACCACCCGCAGGCCCUCGGCCCCGUACCCCAGCCCGUGCACCCCUUCCCCUACAGCAGGCUGCCCCAUCCCUUCCCAUUCCAUCCUCUCCAGCCCUGGAAACCUCACCCCUUAGAGUCCUUCUUCCUAGACAAACUGACCGGUAUAGAGAGCCAGCAGCCCCUGGCUGGCCCUUACCUGGGCAAACUGGUCUGUGGGGACAGUCAGAAGCCGGUGCCUGGCCCCCACCUGGAGCCUGGCUGCCCAUCCCGUGGCCUGCGGGAGAAGUUUUCUGUGGAGGAGUACCUGGUGCACGCCCUGCAGGGCAGCGUGAGCUCCGGCCAGGCCCACAGCCUGGCCAGCCUGGCCAAGACCUGGUCGGCAGGGGGUUCGAAGCCCCGAAAGCCCAGCCCCGAGACUGAGGACAGCGAGGGGGUCCUGCUUACGGAGAAACUCAAGCCGGUGGAUUAUGAGUACCGAGAGGAGGUCCACUGGGCCGCGCGCCAGCCUUGCCUGGGCAGAGGCUCCUUUGGGGAGGUGCACAGGAUGGAGGACAAGCAGACUGGCUUCCAAUGUGCCGUCAAAAAGGUGCGCAUCGAAGUGUUUCGGGCAGAAGAGUUGAUGGCAUGUGCGGGAUUGACCUCACCCAGGAUCGUCCCUUUGUAUGGAGCUGUGAAGGAGGGUCCUUGGGUCAACAUCUUCAUGGAACUGCUGGAAGGUGGCUCACUGGGCCAGCUCAUAAAGCAGAAGGGCUGUCUGCCGGAGGACCGGGCCCUUUACUACCUAGGCCAGGCUCUGGAAGGACUGGAAUACCUCCACACCCGAAGGAUUCUGCACGGAGAUAUCAAAGCUGACAAUGUGCUCCUGUCCAGCGAUGGGAGCCGUGCGGCCCUCUGUGACUUCGGCCAUGCUGUGUGCCUUCAACCCGAUGGCCUGGGCAAGUCACUGGUCACGGGGGACUACAUCCCUGGCACAGAGACCCACAUGGCCCCAGAGGUGGUGAUGGGCAAGCCCUGUGAUGCCAAGGUGGACGUCUGGAGCAGCUGUUGCAUGAUGCUCCACAUGCUCAAUGGCUGCCACCCUUGGACCCAGUACUUCAGGGGGCCGCUCUGCCUCAAGAUCGCCAGCGAGCCUCCACCUGUGAGAGAGAUCCCACCCUCCUGUGCCCCGCUCACUGCCCAGGCCAUCCAGGAGGGGCUGAGGAAAGAGCCUGGCCGCCGUGCAUCUGCGGUGGAACUGGGGGGAAAGGUCAGCCUGGCGCUGCAGCAUGUGGGCGGUCUGCGGAGCCCCUGGAGGGGAGAGUACAAAGAGCCAAGACAGCCGCCACCACACCCGGCCCAGGCACCGGCCAGCCAGGGCCACUCUCACCAGACCCUGCCUGUCCAGCCGAGGGAGCUCUCUCCUGGGGCCCCAGGGCCCCAGCCAGCUGCGGACACAACAGGCGGGGUCCCUCAGCUCCAACCUCCACUACCCCCAGAGCCCCCAGAGCGAAACAAGUCUCCAAGCCUGAACUGGGGCAAAGAGGAGUGUGGGCCGUGGGAGCCAUUGCCUCUGUCCUCCCUGGACGCGGCCCCUGCCAAGAACCCUGGCUCGGCCGAGCGGAAGGCAACCGUCCCCGAGCAGGAGCUGCAGCAGCUGGAAAUAGAACUGUUUCUGAACAGCCUGUCCCAGCCCUUCUCGCUGGAGGAGCAGGAACAGAUUCUCUCCUGCCUCAGCAUCGACAGCCUCUCUCUGUCGGACGACAGUGAGAAGAACCCGUCAAAGGCGUCUCAGAGCUCGCGGGACACCCUGAGUUCCGGCGUGCAUUCGUGGGGCAGCCAGGCAGAGGCUCACAGCUCCAGCUGGGACGUGGUGCUGGCCCGGGGCCGGCCCGCCGACACGCCGAGCUAUUUCCACGGUGUGAAAAUCCAGAUACAGUCUCUCAAUGGCGAACACCUGCACAUCCGGGAGUUUCACCGGGUCAAGGUGGGGGACAUCGCAACUGGCAUCAGCAGCCAGAUCCCGGCCGCGGCCUUCAGCUUGGUGACCAAGGAUGGGCAGCCCGUGCGCUAUGACAUGGAGGUGCCGGACUCGGGCAUCGACCUGCAGUGCACCCUGGCCCCUGACGGCAGCUUUGCCUGGAGCUGGAGGGUCAAGCAUGGCCAGCUGGAGAACAGGCCCUGAGCCAGCCUUCCACCACUGACUCCACUCUGCCAGAGGCGGCCUGCCUUCUCGGGGCUCGGUGCCACCCCUGGCACCCAGGCUCAGCCUGCUCCCAGGGGUCUGCCACCCCCUGGCUCAGCGGUGCGACUAGGGGCAGGCAGAAUGCCUCCCAGGACGUCCCGUGUCCCGCCUGACCCCGCCGGGAGAGCACCCUGUGCCCACAUGAGGAGGAGGAGGCAGGCAGGAGGCCUCUUCCCGUCCACGGGGAACGAACGGAAAGGGUCUUCUCUGCCCUGGUCCCCGCGAGCUGGCCUGACCUGUUUGGAUCAGUAGCCCCUUGCUGGCCGGCAGGAGCGUAGCUUCCGGCCUGGGUCAGGGAGGGUGGGCGAGUCCCUCGACCUCUGAGCAGGUGGACGGGUGUCGAGUGUCUGAGGACCCACGCCCAGGUCCGGUACAGGAGCGGGGCAGCAGCUAUACCCACCCUUGGGUGAACGGGGAGCCCUCUGACCCCCUUGCGUGGCCAUCGAAGCCCCUUUUUGAUCUAGGAACUUUCCUGACAGAGUCAGGGAGGGAGCCACGCGUGACGCUGGGAAGUCUCCCUGGGAGUCCAGGGCACACCGUCAGGGCGUAGCAACACGGGUCUGGAGCUGGACUCAGCUUCCGCCAAGGACCACAGGUGUCUAAGGGAAAUGGUUCUCAGUCCCCAAGCACGUGUCCCUUUGCUGCUGGCCACCAAUCUUCCCCAGAGCAGCAGGCCCCGAGCCGCGGCUGCAGACCCAGAAUGGCCCAUGACUGCCUGGCCGUCAGCCCCCCCCCCCCCCCGCCGUCUGUGGAAGGGAAGGGUGGCGGGAGCUGGCCCGACCGGAGCAGUCUGUGGCUGGGCUGUGAUCCGGGUGCAAGAAAGCAGCGGGUGCAGGCGCUCCUGUCUCCCCCGGCCGCAACUUUAGGCAUCGGGCACACCAGCUUCCUGAGACACAGCCCAGGCCUCACACUCUCACUGGCCCUGCCCUGCCCCUCGCCUCAGGGGGCACUGCCAACCGCACUUUGCACUCUGAUGACCUCAAAGCACUUUCAUGGCUGCCCUCCGGGAGGGCAGGUCAGUGGUCCUGCAUGCGCAUAAGCAGGCCAGGAGAUGGGGUGUGAAGGCAUUCAAGUCUUGACCUGUCUCCACGCGCAUGACCCCUCAAACCUCCGCAUUUCUUUAAGAUGAGCCCCCUCCCACCAUACCCCAUUGCCCCUUCUUCUUCGAUGGGGGGGCUGAUCAGGGCCCAUGUAGCAUUAAUCAACUGUGAAUCCUUGUGUGGGGGCCUGCUAGCCUCCUCUCGGAGAUGAGGGGUGUCCCCCUGAGAGUCCUCCUCGGGAGGAGCUAAUCCCGGUGUCUUGCCAAGGUGGCCUCUGUCCAGCUAUCCACAUCGAGCCAUUCUGCUCCCCAGGGAGAGACACACACACACACACCCCAACCCCCAGCACGUGAAGAGGUUCAGCCUUGUACUGCAGAGUUCGGGUGGUACUCUUUGUAAGCAAUAAAGUGUGGGGUGAUGACAAAUGUGUUAGGCCAUGGCUGUCCCCACUCUCGCCUGCCUGCUUACAGAACCUCAGAUCCUAACAGCUGCCUCCCUUUGCCUUCUUGGUGGGGUUUUCUCACAGCUGCCAUUGAUUUUGGGCAAGGACUGUUUCCACCCCUUGAGUGAGGUCACUUUUCCCACCAGCCCUCCCAGUGGGCGCUUCCAGUCCUACUUUUGGCCUAUCCGUUCAGACCAGUUAAGCAAGAUGCCCCACCCGGUGGCCAUAGGGAAGUCCCUGGCCAAACACUGCAGGCUGAGGAGGAGAAGUCAAUAUGCCCCAGGCAGUGGCCUGACGUGGAGAGGUGGGGGCGCACCAGGAGCCCCGAACAAAGACUGCCCCACCCUCUCCUGUCCCUGAGGCCUGGCUUCCAGGGAACAGAACUGGGAGCAGGACUGAGUGAGCAGAGACGACUUUGCAGGAGUGGGUUCCUGGGCCUUUCCAGGACAGGGACCCACCUGAGAAUGGAUGCCACAGACACACAAGGGGCGGGGGCCUUGUCCCAUCUGGCUCCACACCCCCUGAAGCCUUGCUCAAGUAGCUAUGUGUGUGUGCACGGGCACACAUGCAGACUUCGGGGUACAGGCCGCAGGUUCAGCAGCUUCCUGGAGGGGUCCUGCACCCCAGAAAGGGGCAGGUGCAAAGGCCAUCUAAGCUUACCGGAGGUGGCUCCCUCUGGGCCUGCGGGGAAGAGUGCUCAGGGUGGCGCAGUCUCCGGAGGACACCCCCCAGCAGCCGCCCCGCCCACGCGCCGUGAAUCCUGAGCGUUUUUCCGCCUCCAUCCGUGGGGUCCGGGCAGGGACGUCACAGACGCGGCGACAUCACAGGCGCAGUCGCCCCCAGCGUCUCCAGCGCCCCCCACAGCCCCCAGCCAAAGAGCGCACUGGAGGCGGAGGGGCAGCAGCGACCAGCCCGCUCCCCGCCUCCCCGACAGAGCCUCGGUCAGCAUGGGGG